ACAAACACAACGAUCGUCCGUUUUAUUGGUUUUGUUAUCACAAUUUAUACAUACAAACACAACGCAUAACCAUUAUCGUGGAAACGAGCUUGUCCGAAUCAUAAAGCAAUAACGCAAACAAACGGCUGAUAAAGGACGGCACUUCAUCCGCGACCGAUCACAGUUGGUGGCCAGUUGUGAACCGAGUAGGCAACGAAAUUAAUAGGCGCUCCUCAAUCUUAUCGCACACGAUGGCAAGCAAGGAGGAUAAUCUGACUGCGGUCCUGUACGGCAUCGAAGAUCUUCGGCUCGAGCAACGACCAAUUCCAGUGCCCAAAGAUGAUGAGGUUCUGUUAGCGAUGGACAGCGUCGGUAUCUGUGGCUCCGAUGUACACUAUCUCGUGGCCGGCCGGAUUGGGGAUUUUAUCGUGAAGAAACCGAUGGUAAUCGGUCACGAAGCAGCCGGUAUUGUGACCAAGCUGGGGGCAAACGUGAAAUCCCUGAAAGUGGGAGAUCGAGUAGCGAUUGAGCCGGGUUAUGGGUGUCGCGUGUGCGAUUACUGUAAGGGUGGUUCGUACAAUCUGUGCCCGGAUAUGAUCUUCUGUGCCACUCCACCGUAUGACGGUAACCUCACGCGUUAUUACACCCAUCCGGCAGACUUUUGUUUCAAGCUACCGGACCAUGUUACGAUGGAGGAGGGUGCUCUGCUCGAGCCGCUAUCCGUCGGUGUGCACGCGUGCCGUCGAGCGGGAGUUGAGCUGGGAUCGCAGGUGUUGGUGCUUGGUGCGGGACCCAUCGGACUGGUCACACUGAUAGUGGCCAAAUCGAUGGGUGCCAGCAAGGUGCUCGUUACGGAUUUGCUGCAAAAUCGACUCGAUGUUGCCAAAGAGCUGGGGGCUGACGAAACGCUGCUCAUUUCCAAAACUGCCAUCGAGGCGGAGCUGGUUAAGCAAAUUCACGAGCUGAUGGGAUGUGCGCCCGACAAAACUAUCGAUUGCAGUGGAGCGGAAGCAACGACAAGACUGUCGAUUUUGGUCACACGUUCCGGUGGAUGUGCUGUGCUGGUCGGUAUGGGUCCGCCGGAGGUCAAAGUGCCGCUGAUCAAUGCACUAGCACGUGAGGUCGAUAUACGUGGUGUGUUCCGGUACUGCAACGACUAUUCUGCCGCAUUAAGCUUAGUGGCCAGCGGGAAAAUCAACGUAAAAUGCCUCAUUACCCAUCACUUCAACAUCGAAGAAACGGCCGACGCUUUCAACACCGCGAGGCAUGGGCUCGGUGGAGCGAUUAAGGUGAUGAUUCACGUGCAACCGAAAGACAAAAACAAUCCAAAGUAAAUGUAAAAUAUGCUCCGCACAUCAUAAUGUGCUGAAGAAGAUCGGAAAUCAAUAAAAUGCCGGUGCUUA